AUGUCAGCCAAGGACACUGACAAGAUGUGUAUGUCAGUCAAGGACACUGACAUAGAUGUGUUUCUAGAUGGGGUUGGUUUGCUAUUGUUACUCUCAUGUUGUUCAUUUCAGAGAUGGCUGGACCCACUGAAGACAAUCAAGAAGCAGUGCAGAGGUCCAGAGUAUGAGUUCUACUUUCGAGUGAAAUUUUAUGUGACUGACCCCAGCAAACUAGCCGAAGAAUAUACCAGAUACCAUUUCUUUCUGCAAGUGAAGAAGGACAUUUUUGAGGGUCGAUUACACUGUCCACACAGCACGGCUGUUGUACUGGCAGGCCUAGCUAUACAGUCUGAGUUAGGGGACUUCAACCCAGACGAGCACACUGAGGGGUACCUGUCUGGGCUACAUUUCAUCCCCAACCAGAGUGAGGACUUUGAGGAGGAGGUUGCUAAGCAACAUAAAAACAAUAGGACUCAGACCCCGGCAGAUGCUGAGUACAACUAUCUGGAGAAGGCCAAACGACUGGAGAUGUAUGGAGUGGACUUGCAUAAAGCAAGGAUUGUACCCAUUUCCGUGGAAGAUGUGAUACCCCAGCGGACACUGCAGGAUCAGAGUAAUCUGGAGAUCCACCUGGGAGUCACUUCAGUGGGCCUCGUAGUCUUUCAAAACAACAUGAAAAUCAACACAUUCCAAUGGUCUAAUAUAGUGAAAAUCUCUUUCAAAAGGAAGCAGUUUUUCAUCCAAUUAAGAAGAGGCCAGAACGACACAGUAGAGAACUUAAUUGGUUUCAACAUGGUCAGCUAUAGGUCUUGUAAAAACAUGUGGAAAUCGUGCGUUGAACAUCACACGUUCUUCCGCUUACACACCCCCAAUCCCCAACAAAAGAAGUUUUUAUCCAUAGGCUCUAAAUUUCGAUACAGUGGUAGAACAGAAUAUCAAACAAUAGAGGAGUCCAAACGAAGAGCUAAAAUUGAACGCUCUUUCAUAAGGUCUCCCAGCAAACGGUAUAGCCGACAGACAAUAGGACCGUGUCAACGUAAUAUGAUCAAUAGGGACAAAAACUCUAUAGUGGACGGGUAUAAAGCCAGUAGCAUAUCUAAGUCUCAAACGUUUGGGGGGAUCCAGAACUCGUACCAGGCAUUCAGCCGGGCGGACGGGCAGCACCCGAAUCAGCGGGCGACUUUACCGCAUGACUACAAGGUCGGGCAUUCACCUGUCUCUGGGAGCUCUGGAAAGGAGGAUGAUCAUGGAGGGUUCAUUGCAUCUCAUCAUGCCAACGCCUACCCGGCCCCUUUCCCACCCAGUAAGAAGGCCAAUGGGGCUGCAGUCACCGACGCGAACCACAACACGGGCUCAACCAACUGUGAUACUUUAUAUGAUAUGCCCAAUUCCAAUGGUUACCAUGAUGGCCCCGGACUGGUUACCAUUCGGAUGAUACCAGACGCUCAGGGCAGAUUUGGCUUCAAUGUCAAGGGCGGUGCUGACCAGGGUAUGCCAAUCAUUGUGUCCAGAGUGGCUCCCAAUACACCUGCAGACAACGCAGACCCUCGACUCAAUGAGGGCGAUCAAGUGCUCUACAUCAACGGUCGCGACGUCUCCCAACAUACACACGAACAGGUUGUGAAAUUUAUAAGGCAAUCACGGGACUCACACGCGAAGGAUCUUCACUUGAUUGUUCGACCCAAUGCAUAUAUCGCGGACAAUGAGCCGGACCUGGUUUAUGUGCCAGAAACAUGCAUGAUCACAGCCCCUAGCUCGGGGGGUAACGCCCUGGAGAGCUCGCUACACCUUCUAGAGGAAACACUCGAAAGUGGGGCCGCACUUGCUCAAUUUGAACAACUUUACCGUAAGAAGCCUGGCAUGACUAUGAAAGUGGCAAGACUGGAUAUCAAUGCACCAAAGAACAGAUACAGGGAUAUCUCACCAUAUGAUGAUACCAGAGUGAUGAUAAAGAAUGGACCUAAUGGAGAUUACAUCAACGCCAAUUAUGUUAAUAUGGAAAUUCCAGUAUCUGGUAUACUGAAUCGCUACAUCGCUGCCCAGGGACCGCUUCCAGCGACCUGCGUUGACUUCUGGCAGAUGAUCUGGGAGCAGCAGUCCAGUCUGGUUGUCAUGCUGACCACAGAGGUCGAGAAAGGUCGCAUCAAGUGUCACCAGUACUGGCCCAAUCUUAAUGAGACCUCAGACUUUGGGGACCUGCAGAUCACUUGUAUAAAGGAGGAGAAAUCCAUGUCAUUUGCAUUUAGAGAGUUUAAUCUCACGCACGUAGAGUCAGAGGAUGAACGUCACAUCUCACACAUGCAGUACAUAGCAUGGCCGGAUCAUGGGGUACCGGACGACCCUGCAGACUUCUUGGAGUUUGUCGUGAAGGUGCGCCAGAAACGGGUCGGUGUGGAGCCCUCAAUAGUUCACUGCAGUGCUGGUAUUGGUCGUACUGGUGUGCUGAUCACCAUGGAGACGGCCAUGUGUCUGAUAGAGGCCAACCAGGCAGUGCACCCCUUGUCCAUAGUGAGGCAAAUGAGAGACCAGAGGGCCAUGCUUAUACAGACAGCGAACCAGUACAAGUUUGUGUGUGAAGCAAUCAUUCGGUGUUACAAUGAGAGUAUAGUCAAACCAUUGCCGGAAUACCAGCAGAGAUGAUAGUGCCUGACCCUGGGUGAAAACUGCUGCCCGCCUGCUGUAGGCAUUGAUAAGAAUUUACUGUGGAUAGGGUCACAUACCCCACCCCCUCAUUGGUGUAGGGAAAUGACUCAGCAUUUUUUUAACACAUUCAUCAGAAGGUGUGAUGAUAAACUUAAAGUGAUAACAAUUCACCCUGUAAGAUUGUGUUACAUGUAGUGAGGAUACUAUGAAAUUGGUGCCACUAGACAUCACGGGGAUUUCCCAAACAUGGAUACUGCGGUGGUACUGUACACCAGGGUGUAUGACGGUGUUGUGUAUUUCAAGGGAAAGCACUCUAAAUAUCCGCUGUGAACAAAGGCUGUUUUGUCCUACAUGCAGACAAAAACUUCCAAUGGCCAAUACGGUUAUCCUCAGAACAAUAUCUUCACCUUGUAGCGUUAUUUUCAUUGUCAUCUAAGUGUUAUUUAAUUUUCCAUCAUUUGUAUUUAGGCACUAUUUAAUUUAAAUCACCCAUGUUACAUAGUGCUUUCCAAGCAAAUAAAUAUGUUGUGCAUGGUCUGUGACUCUUAACAUAGGAAAGCUUUUACAAAAUCUUUGUACAUUUUUUCUCUUGAUUUCUUAUGAAAAGUGUAGCCAUUAUUUGUGUAGCAUCUUUGUGAUCAGCUUGUUAAUAUUUAAUUCUAUAUUUAUUUUAUUUUAUCAUGUUAAUUCUAAAUUGGACUGUUAAUGACUUAAUUUGUACAUUUUUCAUAAAAACUUUGAACGUCUAAGUUUCUACUGCUUGACCAUAAGCUACAUAUUCUGUAUAAAAAGUCUCUCUAUUCUAUCUUGCAACAGACAAAGAAACAAACAUUAGUUGAAAAUGAUUAAGGCUUAUAACCAUUUAUACUUCAUUUUAAAUAGAAGGAAAUGUAUCCCUUUCCCACUUAGAAUCAAAGUGAAAAUGGCUAUGUGCUAACGGCAUACAACCAGAAUAGCCUGCAAAUAACUCGCAGUCUGUUCAGGUUUUAUGCUGUUUGCUGCUCAUCAGUAUCUAAGGGUUGGAAAUAAAACCUUUACAAAUUGAAUGUAGUAAGAAAAGUGUAAUUAAAUUUAACUUAGUAAGGGAAUAAAAGUGUGUCAAAAUAUGUAUCUAAGUGGUUAAGGGUAAAGAAGAAUGCUGAGUCUAUAAUGUUUUGUGGGCUAAUUUUAGCCCAUUGUCCCCCAAAAUUUCACCGUAAUAAGAUUAUAUCCACCACAGAAGCUUUAGGUACAAAACAAUAGUGAUGCUAAAAAGUCAGUGUUACAUAAUUGAUGUUCCACUUUCAUGUGUUACGUAAUUGAUGUUCCACUUUCAUGUGUUACGUAAUUGAUGUUCCACUUUCAUGUAUUUAUUUGGAAAUAGCAUGAUAUCCAAAAUCAUGCUUUAUACUCUUUAAAUAUUUUUUCAUUCAAGUAAUUCAAUUAAACUGACACAGUUAUGAAUCUCUUGUAUUUAUUUUUUGCUAUGUAAAUGGCUAAUACAAAUAAUGUUUACUGAUUUCCUCAGAAGUGAUUUAAAUGAACUCAUAAAAUGAAAUUGAUUGAAAACAUUGAGCAUUCAGUUUUUAUAAUGCCUUUGAAAUAAAAUAAUCAAGUAUAAAACUAGUUAUGCCAUUUUGCUUUGCUAUAGGCUAUGUUUCAAAACAUAGUAUUACACAUAAAUAAAAAAAAUAUUAUGAACUACAAAAAACAGUUCAUAAAAAAUAGAAGUUAAAAUCAAAUAUGCUCUGUAAUAAUAAUAAUACUAAAUGUGCAAUAAUGGGAUUACUUAAAUUCUGGCAUUGUUCACUUUUUAGCAAACGUUGAAAGAACUAAGAUAUUUAGAACUGCCUUUGUAUAUUGAUAUGAAAUUAAAGGGAGAAAACUGUGAAAAAGUUCACAUUUAUAACAUUAAGAGUUACCUUUUCCUUGUAUCUACAAGCAGGUUUUCUUCCAUUGAAAAUGCAUUUUGUGCAUUAUGUAACACAAAGUCAAACAUCUGCUUGUGUAUUGUACAAAAUUACAGGCUAAUCAGGGAGAACGCUUUUGUCUGUUAAGGAUUAAUUGUUACAAAUAAGUACCUUCUAUAAGAAAAUUCAGUCUAAAUGGAUAGUAUUGUCAAAAGCAUGUACAAACUUGUGGGGCUAAUCUGGAACAAUACAUUAUGCACUUGCAUUAAGCCCACUUUUCUCAGUGUGCAGCUCUAAUAAUAUUUUUCAGCAAAAAGACAGCUGUUUAUUGGAAUGUGAACAACUGGCUUAAUUACAGCAUUGUAUAAAAUCUAAUAUAGAUAUGAUGGCAUUGUAAGGCUAUUUACUGGUGGAUCUAAUAUAGAUAUGACGGCUUUGUAAGGCUAUUUACUGGUGGAUCUAAUAUAGAUAUGACAGCAUUGUAAGGCUAUAUGACGGCAUUGUAAGGCUAUAUGACGGCAUUGUAAGGCUAUUUACUGGUGCAUCUGAAAUGUAUAAUUUUAAUCAAAAAUACUAUUCAUCAAAGUGGAAGUGAAUACACAGAAGAAAAUGCACAGCAGUGUUGAAGUUGAUAUGUGUAGUUUACAGUUUUAAAUAUGAAUUUGAUUUUUUAUUAUAUUUUUUAUGACUUAUUUGCGGCAUAUGAAAUUGUACAUUUUUUCCAUAUUUAUUAAUGUACAGUUUACGCACAUGUUUGUGCGUGUUUCAUAAAGGCCUAUAUGUGGUUGAAGUAUCGUCUGUUAUACUGUAUAAUAACUUACAUUUUAUCAUCCCAUAUUCAGUUACAUUGUAUUUGUUCAUUCUCAUUGUAUUUGGUCAUUUAUCAUUUUCAUUCAUCCAAAUCAUGGCUGUGUAUUGUUUAUAGAGUAUAAUGUAUAUAUCUCAUAUAUUAUUAACUGUACAUACUUGAUGGACAUAUUUUCUUGACAAUAAACUAUUUAAAUGUGACAGGAGGAUUAGAGUGACCUGCCCUGAUGAGGUCAUAUGAAAGGUUUUACCAGGCAAUAUUAAAUCUGAUAUAAACUGAA